AUGAACAAACAAACACCCAGCCCAGCCCAGCCCAGCGCAGGGCAAUCCGACAACCACCCAGCCCAGCGCAGGGCAAUCCGACAACCACCCAGCCCAGCGCAGGGCAAUCCGACAACCACCCAGCCCAGCGCAGGGCAAUCCGACAACCACCCAGCCCAGCGCAGGGCAAUCCGACAACCACCCAGCCCAGCGCAGGGCAAUCCGACAACCACCCAGCCCAGCGCAGGGCAAUCCGACAACCACCCAGCCCAGCGCAGGGCAAUCCGACAACCACCCAGCCCAGCGCAGGGCAAUCCGACAACCACCCAGCCCAGCGCAGGGCAAUCCGACAACCACCCAGCCCAGCGCAGGGCAAUCCGACAACCACCCAGCCCAGCGCAGGGCAAUCCGACAACCACCCAGCCCAGCGCAGGGCAAUCCGACAACCACCCAGCCCAGCGCAGGGCAAUCCGACAACCACCCAGCCCAGCGCAGGGCAAUCCGACAACCACCCAGCCCAGCGCAGGGCAAUCCGACAACCACCCAGCCCAGCGCAGGGCAAUCCGACAACCACCCAGCCCAGCGCAGGGCAAUCCGACAACCACCCAGCCCAGCGCAGGGCAAUCCGACAACCACCCAGCCCAGCGCAGGGCAAUCCGACAACCACCCAGCCCAGCGCAGGGCAAUCCGACAACCACCCAGCCCAGCGCAGGGCAAUCCGACAACCACCCAGCCCAGCGCAGGGCAAUCCGACAACCACCCAGCCCAGCGCAGGGCAAUCCGACAACCACCCAGCCCAGCGCAGGGCAAUCCGACAACCACCCAGCCCAGCGCAGGGCAAUCCGACAACCACCCAGCCCAGCGCAGGGCAAUCCGACAACCACCCAGCCCAGCGCAGGGCAAUCCGACAACCACCCAGCCCAGCGCAGCGCAGAGCAGAACAGGCUUUACCACUCAGAGUGGAAAAAGAAGUGCGUUUGCAAGGUUAGCGACGCUGUGUGGAGUCUGAUCCCGAUUCCAGCUCGGUCCGACACGGAGGUAACGUUACACGCGUACGGAAAGCGCUUGGAAAGAUCCCCUUUGACACUGCGCGGCCGGUAA